AUGAGCUACUACGGCAACUACUAUGGUGGCCAAGGCUACGGCUAUGGAGGCUUCGGUGGCCUGGGCUGUGGCUGUGGCUGUGGCAGCUUCCGCAGAUGGGGCUGUGGCUGUGGCUGUGGAGGCUACGGAGGUUAUGGGGGUUAUGGAGGUUAUGGAAGCUUUGGGGGUUAUGGAGGCUAUGGCUCUGGCUUUGGGGGUUAUGGAGGCUAUGGCUCUGGCUUUGGGGGUUAUGGAGGCUAUGGCUCUGGCUUUGGGGGUUAUGGAGGCUAUGGCUCUGGCUUUGGGGGCUACAGGUGUGGCUGCUGCCGCCCAUCCUGCUGUGGAGGAUAUGGAGGAUAUGGCUUCUCCGGCUCCUACUGA